GGCUAGCUGACUUGGAUCAUCUCCUAGAUUUUUAAGAGAAGUUCCAUUGCCAAGUUUGAAUUCGCUAAACCUUCAAGGCUUUGCUGGCAGAAAAGAAGCGUUCCACUCUUGGAGCAUAAAUGGAUUCAGAAGACAUGGGCUCAGGUAAACUAGGCCAAAUAUUGAAGCAGAUUUGGAGACAAAAUCUGAUGCUAAAACAGGCCCUCCUGGGAGAUAGCCAUUGUGAAGGGGCUGGAGGGGCCACUUGGAUAGCCACAGUGGUCUUUCUGGGGCAAGAGCUCAGUGGGGCCCUUCACCAACUCUUGGAGCACACUGCAGGGACUCUGCGCUCUACCUGCCAGCAGCUGUAUGUAUUGCUUGACAAGGAGAAUCAGUGUGUCUGGAAACAAGAAAUGACUACUUUCAUAGACUGCCUCAUGAAAAUAAAUGAAUAUUUGGGGAGCACUGCUACACUUCUAAAGAAAGAAGAAAAGGAGAUGUGUAAUUUAUGCGGCAUGCAUGAUGAAUGUACCCCACUGAAGACAAUGUCCACCAUUCACGAUAUCAAAGAAGCAGACAUUGCUGCAAGAAGGGAACAGAAUGUCAUAGAAACAGCUACUGUUUCUUCCACAAAUGGAGAGCAAAGUCAUUAUACGAACCAGGUCCAGUUAAAAAAAAAUAAAGCACAUAUGAAUUCAGACUUAGUGGAAAAGGAAAACAAUACAUCAUUGAAUGAAGAUAUAACAGAGCAAGAGGAAACAGAGAACAAAAUGUUCCCAGAUAAUGUAGAAAAUGAAGAUGAUAAACAAACAGAACACAUGACUGUUGAGAACGUAAAUGGCAACAGGGAAGAGACGCAUGACAUAAUCCAGGCAACAGAAAGAGAAAUACAAGAGACCUCAGAGAACCAAAGAGAAGAGAUUACCACAUCCUCAAUAACAUGUGAUAUCUCCAGCAGAUAUCUGAAUAGUCUCCUUUCCAAUGAUUCAGAGAGUCUAAAGCAAAAGAAUAACAUAAUGGAAAAGGAGUAUUUUGAUAUACUGAGUGAUACCAGCCCCCAAGUGUCUUGUUAUAUUACAGCACCAUCAAAUGUUCUCCAGCAUCUAGAAUGCCGGAUUAUUAAUAGCAUGAGUUCUUUAGUAGUGAGUGAUAAUGAAGAGUUGGUCAGUAAUGUCAUCACUGUUGAGUGCUCAGAUGUGGAAAAGGAAAUUCCAUUUCCAAUAUGCAUUGCAAUUCCAUUUACUGCACGUUACAGGGGAAAUUACAGAGACAUCAUGGUGAAAGUGUCUGACGUAAACCUUGGAUCAAGUUACCUAACUCCAAAUUCACUGGAAGGAAUGAGAAGAAGUUACAAGGGGACCUGUGCUGAAGUCAAAGUGUACAAGUUGGGUAUCUUUUCUGUUGUGUCUUGUUUAAAGAAAGAGUCCUUCACAGUAACAAAGAAAGGCCAUACUCUUAAGCCAAGCAUGGAUUCCCGAGUGUCCUUAAAUUACCCUCCAGGAGUUUUUGGCUCAUCAGUACUGGUACAAUUAAAGGUCCAACCAGUUGACCCAUCUUUGGUGGCAUAUUUAAAAACACAGCAAGAUACUUCCUACCAGGUGAUAUCAACAAGCCCGCUGAUCCACAUGAAGCACCCUUUGGUACAUCCUUUCCAGAAGCCAGUCACUGUAUUCCUACCUUGUUCUCCACACCCUGAUAAAAAAAAUCUUGCAUCUGAGAUAGAUCAUAAAAGAAUGGCUAGUGCUACUACAAAAAGGAUCAUACCACUGUACCUCAACCGGACAAAAAGCACUUCCAUGAGGAAACCUGGGAACAAUGGCUGUGAAUCUUUGAAAUUACUGGGAUUCAGAAGUGGAGACAGUGGUUGGUUUGGGCUUGAUAAUGUUGUAGUGAGAACCAUGCAGAGUGGCUUGAUAUCAUUUGAAUUGCGCGAACAUUUAGAGAGAUUUAUUGUGCUACACCUUUCUUCCGUUGUGGAAAAUAGCCUCUUGGUUUCUUUUGUGAAAGCUCUAGAAGAAGCUAUGCUCAGCACCACUGCCUGUGUUGUACUCUGUCACCAGAAAGACAAUCCACAUAAAGUAGUCAUUCUAGUGGUUCCUUCUAAAGAUUUAAACCAGGUGCUUCGGAACUUGCGCUUGGAAUCGUUCAGUGGCCCUCCAGAGUCUUCACGCGGCUUCCAAGUCAAAGAAGGAGAACAAAUUCUUUUAAGAUUUACUGGAAAUAUAUUUGCUUCAAGCAAUGGAAAGGAUUAUGGAAAAGAUUACAAGCUUAUUUUUCAUUUACAAAGAAAACCCAGGCUGGAACUCCAAAUCAAAGAGGUGGAUGAAUUUGGAAACUAUAGCUGCCCUCAUUAUAAGGGCACCAUUGUAGUUUAUAAAGUACCUAAAGAAAAGAUAGUCCACAACUUGGAUCAAUCUCCUAUACUGGAUGAAAACCUUUGUCAGUUGCCAAUUUGCAAACUGCCAUUGAAGUUGCCAAAGCAUAAAAAAUUAAUCAGCCGUCCACAGAGUACCAAAAGAAUUUCUACAGAUCCUGUAGAAGCCCUAUGGGAUAACUUGCUGUACUGGCUGGCAGAGGAACUCUCCGAAGAAAAUGCCACCCGCCUCUCCUCCUCCCUCCCUCUUCGCCACAGCACCGUCCAGCUCAUCAAACUGAAGACCCCUGGUGACCUCACAGAACAGAUCCAUGAACUCCUUUGCUUCUGGAAAAAAUCACUCCCAAAUUCCACCGAUAAACUUCGCCUGCUGGCUCGUCAUCUCCGCAAGAUCGGCAGGAAUGAUCUUUCCGAAGAGCUCAGAUUCAAGUGGGAUAACAGGUGUUCCCUGAGCCACAGCACUGGUUUGAUACAACCUAGUAAAGCCGGGUCACUCUUUCUUUUGCCCUAGAGAGGGGGUCAUGGUAGGUUUUAAGGCUUUUUCUGCCAACAUUUUACUGGCGGUUUCCAAGUAAAGUUGUUUGAAAGGCGUCUUUUUGAUAGCCGUGCUAUGUGAGACAGGUGGAAAAGCACGAAGCAGAUCAUAAAAGGCGUUCUUGGGUUUGAGGGCUCCUCUGUGGUUCAGAGGUAUACAUUCUGCAAGAAUUAUUGUCUUGAGUUCAGCCAAAUUUAAUAGCAUUUGUGGUAGAGCUUGCUCUGUUUACAUGUUAACAGUUGAGGUCGUUUUCUAAGUGGAAAGGAAAGAUAGGCUAUACAGAACCCCCCUUUUUAUCGUUAUCUACAUAAAAGUAAACUAGUUGUGCCAGACUCCAAGCAACAAAUUCACAUUAUGCACAUGCUGUAGAGCCUGCAGCUAACAACACAAAAUAAACUGGGUUGCAGCGACCUGAUGCUGAUGAUAGCAAAUCAGUAAGAAAACAGAGAAGCUUGGAAUAAAUUAAAAAUAGAAUAACAUCCA